AUGGGUAACGACGGUGGAAGUAUUCCCACGCGACGCGAAUUGGUCAAGGAAGCCGCGCGCAACCCGACCACGACCGAAAUCAAGCAGUCACAGCACGAACAACAGGAAUAUGGCUGGACAACCGACCCCAUCACGCGCAAACCUCUCUCUCCGCCCAUCGUCUCUGACUCGAAUGGAAAAUUGUACAACAAAGAGUCUAUUAUCGAAUACUUGCUGCCUUCGGACGAUGCGACCACCACCAAGGCCGACGCUGAGGCCGUCCUCCAAGGCGCUGUCAAGAGUUUGAAAGACGUUGUCGAGAUCAAGUUCGAAGUCGACACCAACGCCGCAAAGGACGUCAAGAACCCUUGGAAGUGCCCCGUCACCGGCGACCGUCUCGGUCCUGGAGAAAAGGCCGUCUACCUCGUGCCCUGCGGCCACGCCUUCUCCGCCACUGCUAUCAAGGAAGUCUCUGGAGAGCGCUGCGUCACUUGCGACCAAGAAUAUGCCGCCAACGAUAUCAUCCCGAUCCUGCCUACUGCCUCAACAGAUAUCGCUCGCCUAGCUCUGCGCGUCAAGACGUUGAAAGAGAAGGGCCUUGCACACUCUCUCAAGAAAGCUGCAAAGGAAUCAAAGAAGCGCAAGAAGCGUGAAGAAGCAGAUGAAGCUCCUCCUCUGAUCUCCGUCGACAAGAAAGAGGCCAACAACAUCAACAACUCCUCCACCGCCGCCUUGACAGCAAAGGUCCUUCAAGAGCAAGAAAUAAAGAAAAGGAAGAUGCACAACGAUAACCUGAAGACCCUGUUCUCCUCAAGAGAUCAGAGCAAGCCGAUAGGCAAGAGUGCCGACUUCAUGACAAGAGGUUAUGAUAUCCCGGCCGGCGCAAAGAGGUGA